CAAUCUUUUUGAAGAAGAAAUGUCCAAAGCUGAAUACUUUGUGCAAUUUGGAUUGUGUGAAAACCAGAUACAAAUACCGAAGGGGACUUCCUGCUGCUGCUGCUCAGGAGCCUUGCAGUGUUGAUGUGAACUUAGAAGCUGUUCCAGAGUGGGUCAAAUGUGUCGUUGAAAAGGCACAGUGGACAAUUGGAAAACUGUACUGUCCGUUCUGUGAGGCUUGCUUAGUGGGUUUUAUUUGCAACACAAAAUGUUCCGAUGGACACAUAGUAAAUACACGUUUCUGCAAAAGUCGGACUGACAGCCAGCUCUCUGUUAAUUUGGCAAAAUCAUCAGAAAAACACUUACCUCUCCUCAAAAUUCAGUCUGGUUUUAGCAAGGAUGCCUGCCAUGAAGUGAUAACUACAGCUUUGGAAAUUGGAAAUCAAGGGCUUUCAUAGAUGGCCAGAAAUAAUAAUGGUACUGGAAGAUUAACAGAAGCACUUUUUCUGGAAGUAAAAGCUCCCAGAUUUGCGAUGAAAAGUAAAAGACUUCCCUUAAAGGCAUUAAAUCAAAAAAGAAAUCUUUCUGCUUCCUAUUCUGUGAAUGAUGUAUGCACUGUAAAAUCUUUUCGCAGAAGAUCACGUAGUUUGGAUUUAAAUAUCAGAGAGACACUUGUUUUGUCACCUGCGUUAUAUGAAACUUGCAGCAUGGGAAAAAUUUACCAUGGCCAAAAUGAAAAUUCGCCUGUUUACACACAAAGUGGCUUUCAGUUAGAGUCCAGUAGGAAGAAUGGUGAUUCUUUUCAGGACCAGUAUAGUUCCAGUGCUGACAAGCUGCAAAAUAGGUUUCAAGUUGCUUCCUUUACCACGUUACUACACAGAGAAACAGAAGGUGAAUUUGAAGCUACUGGACGAUCUUCUGGGAGUACCAUUGCUGAUGGGUCACCUUUUGUGAUGAACCUUUCUUCACCUACAAGUGGUGCAGAAGAGGAACAACGCAUCACACCUGUCGAUCUUGUGCAGCCUGUGAGUGUUUCCUUCAAUCAAAAGCUGAAUAAGAGGGAAAGAAACAAAUUAAAAAGCUUGAGAAGAAAACAAAGAAGACGAGAAUGGUGGCUGCAGAAUCAAACUGCAAAUGAUAACCUGCAUACAGACGAUGAGCAUGAACUUGGAGGGGAUAAAGAAAGCUAUCUCUGUGCAGUGUGCCUGGAUGUUUAUUUCAAUCCUUACAUGUGCUAUCCAUGCCACCACAUCUUUUGUGAACCUUGCUUAAGGAUGCUUGCCAAAGACAAUCCAGCCAGCACUCCGUGUCCACUGUGUCGCACUACAAUUGCCAGAGUUUUUUUCCAAACAGAACUGAACAACUCUACGAAAUCUUUUUUCCCUACGGAAUAUUUGAAGUUAAAAGAAAAUUUUCAAAAAUCAAAUUCUGCAAAAUGGCCUCUGCCAAGCUGCACGAAAGCCUUCAGAGUUUUUGAAG